UCCUCCUCUUCUUCCUCCUCCUCCUCCUCCUCCUCCUCUUCUUCUUCCUCCUCCUCCUCCUCUGCCUCCUCCUCCUCUUGCCUCCUCCUCCUCUUGCCUCCUCCUCCUCUUGCCUCCUCCUCCUCUGCCUCCUCCUCCUCUGCCUCCUCCUCCUCCUCCAUUCUUGGAACAAGUUUGAAGAGCUUGUAGUUCAUAAUCACUAUCACUAUCAUCACCAAUGCUCACAUCUGAGUCUGGGAUUUUGGAAAAUAGGAGUUUCCUCUUUGAUUCUGGUACAACUGAACGUGAACAAGAUGGCCCAGCACCAGAGGUGGAAGGCUUGGGGUUGUCUGGGUUUUCCUCACAUUACCCAUGUUAUGGUCAUUAGUUUCGGUCAAAACCUCACCAGAACCUUGAAACUCAUCUUCACUGUCACUUCCAUCUGUAUUAGAACUGUCACUGAGGAACAAAAGUGUCCCAAUUCGCCGAGGAGUGAGGAACUUCUUACCGCGAGGCACGGUGGAAAUUGUGUACUAUGAUGGCAUUCCCACAAUGCACCACUGGGUGCCAGAUUUUUUUCCUACUGCGCACACCCACCACACAGACCCAUUCUCUCACAUCUAGGCUUAUCAGCCUUUUCCUGUGAGAUUUGAGGCCUCUAGAAUUUAUGCGUACUAGUACGACAAAAACCCCUACGCGUAAGACGUACUAGUACGACCAAAACCCUCAAAGGGUUAAUUAAAAUUAGGCAUUCCGGAGGAUCAAUAUUAUUACCCAAACCUCUCUGAACAAAGUUGUUAUGCUCUAAAAAGAAGGAAAUAGUGGUUACAAUGCUUGGAGUGCAACAAGUGGGGGCCUGUGUCCGGGAGCAUAACACUGAAUUUCCUUUAAAAUGAAUGUAGAAAUGGCAGAGAGAUUUGAAGAUAUAACAAAGGAGAGAUUACAGAAUUUGAAGCUUCAAUCUUGUUGGCAAUUAGCACGAAGCUUGGGCAUAAAAUAAGACAGGCAUUUCACUGCCCAGACAGUCAGAUGUAUGAUACAGAAUGUCCUUUUUCCAGAUGAGCAGGAUCCAGAGACUGAGAAUGGAGAAGCAGAUAUUCCUUCUUUUUUGAAUUCUUUACUACAGACACCCGAGGCUGAAACUACGAUGCUAACAACCCCUACUGGAGACGACGGACAUGACCUUCCCGAUACUCGGAAACGCUACGCUGCUACAAAGACUCCAAUUCCAUCUCCAAGGACUAUAUGGGGAACAGAACUCCAUCAGGCUAAAGAAACGGUUCCAGGUAAACCCUUUUCAGAUGUUUUUGAAACAGAACAAGAGAAAGUCGUAUUGGAUGAUGAACACGUUCCACCUCAAAUCUCUUUAGCCCUUUUGACUACUAUUCAAUCUAAGGAGAAUUUCGAACGUCUAGAACGUAUUUUAUCGCUUCAAACCUCCUUUGUAGAAGCCCAGAGAAAAUUAAAAAGGGAGAAUUUUGAACGUGAAUCUUUGCUUUAUGAACGGGAAGCACUGAGGAAGAAAAGAGAAUCGAGUAAUGUGUAUACAAUCCCUUCAUUCGACCUUAGUAAAGCAGCCUCUUUGAUGCCUAAAUUUACUGAGGAUAAUUUAGAUUCAUUUUUUGAGGCAUUCGAAAAUCAGGCGAAGAUGAUGCAAUGGCCUCCUAAAUAUUGGGCUGCUUUAAUACAUUCAUCUUUAAUAGGAAAAGCUCAAACCAUAACUGCAAACUUACCUUUUGAACAAUAUUCUGAUUAUACUCGGGUAAAAGAUUGUCUUUUGAAAGCUUACGAUUUAUUACCUGUCAGUUACUUGAAGAUGUUUAGAACUCUGAAGAAAUAUCCUCAGCAGUCUUGGGUGGACUUUGCCAGAGAAAAGAUCUCUGCUUUCGAGCGUUGGCGUAGGGCCAUGGGAGCCGCCUCAGUCGAGUCACUUUUCCAGCUGAUACUGCAUGAAGACCUUUUUAAAUAUUUUCCAGAGAGGGUUCAUACUUAUCUUUUGACAUUUCCUACUACUAACUUGUUAGAUACUGCUGCCCACGCAGAUCACUUUGAAAUUUCCCAUGCUAUAACCACAGAAAUGUCUAAGACCCCGGAAAAGAAAUCUACCUUCCAAGGUUUUAGUUCAAGAUUGACUACUAGGAAAGCUCCAGCUGGCGAACCUUUGAAGGUGUUUUCAGAAAAAAAAACAGGUGACAAACGGCUCUUUCUCCAGGCAUUACCCUAAAGAUCAAUUACCACUGUGCCUUUUUUGUAAGAAGUUAGGUCAUAGACAGUUCCAGUGUUGGCAUAAACAGCGGGAAGAUAAAACCCAACCAAGAGGGAGAUAUCCUACUCAGGUAAUAAAUUCCUCUCGGAAGUAUGAAACUCUGGAUGAUGAAUCUUUACCUUUCCAGGCCUCGUCUAGCAGACCGUCUAAUAGAUGACUUUACCAUGACAGUGCUUCAGAAGAGAAAGUCCGAGUAGCUAUGGAACCCUACUUUUCCCAGGGGAAGUUCGGACUCUGUAAAGAGAGUCUAGCAGUGUUUCUGGUCCAGUUCUAGCAAGUGGAUGACUGAGCUUGGAGAGAUGUACCUCCAUCCCUAUACCAGCUGGUUGGCUUCUUCCACACCAUCAGCAUCUUAAACGCCAAGAUAUUUGCUUGUGGGCCGGGGUGUCAUGCCCCUAUGGUUAACCUUUCUUUAAUAUUACAUUGCGGUUAUUUCCUUUAAUAGCUAAAUUGGAAAUGAACGUCCUUGUAUUAUUAAGGCUAAUUCUUAUUAACAAUUAUUAUAAUUUAUGUAACAUGGCCAUAAGUUUAAUUGGAGGUAUAGUAACAUGCCUGCCGCCCGGUGUGCCGGUGUAUGGUUAGCCGUGAUGUUCGAUGGUUAUACCC